AGAGGGAGAUCGAGCGCCGAAAUGGGCAAGGUGCUGCUGCCGCGCGCACGACGCCGGGACGUCGCGUGGGCGUGCGUGAGAAGGUGCUGGGCGGCCUCUUCUGGAAGGCAAGACAGAUGAGAGGGGCGGAGGAGUGGAGCACCUGGAUAGCCGGUGCACAGUCCAGUCCAUCGCCGAGUUCUGUCAGUCUCUCUCUCUCUCGUCUUUGACUUCAACAACGCCGCGAGCACGGGCUAACAGGAACGGCGGCGAUGAGAGCGGUCCGGGCGGCGCUGGCCGCCGCUGUCCUCAGCUUGUGUUGGCUCUCGGAUACCGGCAGCACUAUCACCAACCAGCUGACAGGUGUCCUGGAUGACUGCUUCUGUGACAUAGAAAGCAUUGAUGACUUCAACAGCUACAAGAUCUUCCCUAAACUAGAAAAAUUGCUCGAAAGGGAUUACUUCAGAUAUUAUAAAGUGAAUUUGAAGAGGCCCUGCCCCUUCUGGUUAAAUGAUGGGCACUGCUCGAUUAAGGACUGCCAUGUAAAGCCUUGUUCUGAGAGUGAGAUUCCAAUUGGAAUUAAAGCAGCUAAUUACAACAAAUAUUCUGUGGAAGCAAGUACAGUAGAAGAUUUGCAAGACUGCGAGGAAGCAAAUAAGCUUGGGGCUGUCAACAGCACGUUGAGUAACCAAACAAAAGAAGCUUUCAUUGAUUGGGCAAGAUAUGAUGAUGCACAAGACCAUUUUUGUGAACUUGAUGAUGAGUUAUCACCUGAUGCUGAAUAUGUGGAUCUCCUUCUGAAUCCAGAACGUUACACUGGAUAUAGGGGAUUGUCAGCUUGGAGGGUGUGGAACAGCAUCUAUGAAGAGAACUGCUUCAAGCCUCGUUCUGUAUAUCGUCCUCUGAAUCCACUGGCACCCAGCAGAGGAAACGACGAUGGCGAGCCUUUCUACAAGUGGUUGGAAGGUCUAUGCCUUGAAAAGAGAGUAUUUUACAGGUUGAUUUCUGGGCUCCAUGCUAGUAUCAAUCUACACCUCAGUGCAAAGUAUCUCCUUGAUGAUGGAUGGGGAAGAACUAGAUGGGGACCAAAUUUAGAAGAAUUCCAAUCUCGGUUUCAUCCGACUGAAACAAAAGGAGAAGGUCCAAGAAGGUUGAAAAACCUUUAUUUUUUGUACUUAAUUCAACUGAGAGCUUUGUCCAAAGUAGCUCUGUAUUUUGAACGUGCCAUUGUCGACUUGUACACUGGAAAUGCAACAGAAGAUGCAAUUACCAAACAACAGCUGCUGGAAGUUCUCAAGGAAACGAAGUCAUUUCCUAUGCAUUUUGAUGAGAAGUCCAUGUUUGCAGGCAACAAGAAAGAGGCUAAAACACUGAAGGAGGAAUUCAGGCUCCAUUUUAAGAACAUCUCUCUCAUAAUGGACUGUGUUGGAUGUGACAAGUGCAGAUUAUGGGGUAAACUUCAGACUCAGGGUUUGGGUACUGCUCUGAAGAUUUUAUUUUCUGAACGAGAAAUCAAGAAUCUUCCCGAGCGGAGUCCUUCAUCAGGUUUUCAGCUCACUAGACAGGAGGUUGUCGCUCUUCUGAAUGCAUUUGGCAGACUUUCAACAAGUAUACAAGAGUUACAGAAUUUCAAAAUGCUGUUAAAGGACAAGAGGUAACAAAUGCUGCGGAAACAACAACGGAUGGGUGCUGGGUAGAGACUUUGUAAUAUUGUCCCAGCCCCUGGCACUCAACAAAACUUCAGGCUCUUCAGGGAUCCAGUAGCUGCUGCACAUUUUACAGUAUUGCAUUGGCUUGAACUACAUUGAGUGAAAGGUAAAGAGGUGGAUGUGGUUUGGUAAUAAUGAACAACUUUUUACAUUUCAUUUAAUAGCACUUCCUUGUGAGCCUGAUACAAUGAAAUGCUCUGAAGGUUCUUGAUUAUUCCCAAACCUACAGUGUUCAUGGUAAGUCUUUUUUGAAGUUAACUUACCAAAUAUUUGGAUUUCUUUGAUUUCAAAAACUACUAAGCCUUAUAAAUCUGAGCAGUUCUAGGUUUGUCUGCACUAAUCUGUUAAAAUGCAAAUGUAGUUUUGUUUUUAACCUCAAUCGUUUGAGAGGAUUUUCUGGAACCUAACUUGCCAGUAUUAUUCUUGGGCAGUGCUUCAGUAUCUUUGAUCAUUGGCUUAAAGUCCUAAUGAACCCAUUAAAAUGGACAGAAUCCCUUCAAAAAUAAUGCCUGCUACUCUGGGGAACAUUACUGUCAGAUUGUGUCAUUUGUACAUUAAGUGAGGGCACAAGACUUUUGUAAUUAAAAAUAAAAGCAAUUGUUGGAAAAAUGUUAAUUUCAACUACUGCACAAUAAGCUAAAUGGGCUUUAUAGCAAUGUUCAAAUGUGUAGCCAAACCCUGUGGAGAAAUGGAAGCCGUUUCUAAAUGUUGGUAACCUACUUAAGUAAUGGAGGGUUUUAAGACCACUUAAAAAAAAAUUGACUGUCGUAAGGAUCUUUAGAAUUCAUCAGAUAUCAAAUGUAAGGAAUGUCUCUUUCACAAUUUGGUAACCCUGCACUUCUAAAUGUUAGCCAUGGAAAGAAAUUGGAUCAUCACUAUCCAUAGCUUCAGGCUACAACAUGCAUGUAAAAGCAUACAUUACCACAGCAACUUGGACUCCUUGUGGGGUGCUGAGUGGCUUCAUUGGCUGGAUGGCUGAUGUAGAUCAGACUGGUGCCAACAGCACAGAGUUCAAUUCCUAUUCCAGCUGGGGUGGAUCGGGGACCUGUCUCCUUGCCCUACUUGUGGUAGAGAAUGCAAUGCUGUGGGUUGGAGACUCCUUCGGGCAGAGAAUUCAAAAAGAAACACUUCUAAGUGACAAUGGUUUUCCAAACCAAAAAGUAAUAAUAUUUGAGUAAAUGUGUGCUUCAUAUUUGCUUUCCACAUGAAAUAGAUGUCAGUAUCAUGAUAUAGUUUGUUUCCAAUGACUGCUUUUAUGUUAGAUUUUAGUAUCCUGUGUUAAGCAGGUCACUCUCUGAACUGACCAAAUACAGCUGCCUAACCUGCUGACAUAUUUGAUGGGCAGCUACCUUUUGGAAGCAAGGAUCAAAGCAAUGUGACUGUUUAAAAGCUACUUGUGGGUAUAAACUAAAUUAUUGUUGGAGCACCUGCAGCAAGGAUAUCAUGAGAUAUAGCACAAAUAAUAGUGACUAUGUUUUGUUAUGUAAACUGUAUUUUCUGCCUUUAUGUUGGUGUCUUAACUUGGUUGUUGCUGAAACCUGUUCAGCCCCUGUAUUGUUGGUGUGAAACUUCUGCUUGGUUCACAUACGUGUGUUUCAAAAUAUUAAAGCCUACGAUAAAAGUU